AUGACGGCAGGCGGUGGGGAUUUGUCCGGGGUGGUCGCUCUCGCCGCCCGUAGUUUUUUUCUGGCGCAUUUUGGCCUAUCGAUAGCAGACAGUUUCGGAGCUCUUAAAUUUUCCUUGCUAUCGACUUGGGCAUUCCAACGAUGGAAAUUCGAGCAUUCGAGUACGUUCGGGCUCGUUGCCUCGGGUUCGUCGAAUGCGAUUUGGACCCGAGACGAUGAUCUCACUGGUACUGUGCGUCGCACAGGUGCUGGAAGGGCCAUUGUCGGUGCCGGUGAGGAGGUUCUCUGCUGGGAUGUCAAAAAAGGCGACUUACUUGGACGGUGGCGUGACACAUCCUGCAAGGCGCAGGUGACUGUGAUCACUCAGAGUAAGGCCGAUGAGGACGUUUUCGCUGUCGGGUACGAUGAUGGAAGUAUUCGUAUCUGGGACUCGAGAACAGAGACAGUGAUCAUUUCGUUCAACGGCCACAAAUCGGCCGUCACUCAGCUCGCCUUCGAUGCUGCCGGUGUGCGCGUCGCUAGCGGCUCGAAGGACACAGAUAUCAUCGUGUGGGACUUGCUAGCGGAAGUUGGACUUUUCAAGCUGCGUGGACACACCGACCAAGUCACUUCGCUCCAUUUUCUCAACCUGUCUUCCGAAUUGCUACACGCCGCUGGACUGAGCGAACACGCGGGAUUUCUGCUCACUACCGGCAAGGACUCCUUAAUCAAGAUCUGGGAUCUGUCUACGCAGCACUGUAUCGAGACACAUGUGGCCCAAUCGAACGGCGAGUGCUGGAGCUUGGGCCUCUCCCCCGACCAAAGCGGCUGCAUCACUGCAGGAAACGAUGGAGAACUCAAGGUUUGGUCGAUUGAUGAAAGCGCUAUGCUCGAGAUCUCGCGAGAGAAAGUUGGUUCUGAAGGGCGCAAAAUUCUGACAGACAGAGGGACGUUUUAUCGGAACGGCAAGGAUCGAACGAUUGGUAUCAGCUUUCACCCGCGUGCUGACUAUAUCGGGUUCCACGGCUCGGAGAAGGCAAUAGAAAUUUGGCGCAUUCGUUCAGCGACGGAGGUACAGAAGAGCUUGGCCAGGAAGCGUAAGAGAAGAAAGGAGAAAGAAGCCCAGCGGGAAGGGGCGGUGGCAGAAGUUGAUAAUGAGAAGGUCGACGAUGUUUCGUCUGCGCCGGUCACUGAAGUCUUUGUUCCUCACGUCAUUGUUCGCACUGGCGGCAAGGUCCGUUCCUUCGACUGGAUUCGAACAAAAACUACGGGCAACCUCCAGCUUCUGGCUUCGACUACGAACAACCAGCUGGAAUCGUACAGCGUCACCACUGCGAAUAAAAAGAAGGAUGAUGAUGGCUCCGACUACAAUCGCAACCUGGCUGUUGACAUCCCGGGUCACCGUACCGACAUCAGAUCUAUUGCCCUGAGUUCCGACGACCGAAUGCUGGCUUCUGCCUCCAACGGCAGCUUGAAGAUUUGGAACGUUCGUACGCAGAGCUGUCUGCGUACAUUGGAAUGCGGCUAUUCCCUGUGCUCUGCCUUUCUCCCUGGUGACAAGAUCGUUGUAGUCGGUAAUAAGAACGGCGAACUGGAAGUUUUUGACAUUGCAUCCUCGACUCUGCUGGAUACGAUCAAGGCGCACGAUGGACCAGUCUGGUCUCUGCACGUCCAUCCCGAUGGCAAAUCGAUGGUCAGUGGUAGUGCUGACAAGUCCGCGAAGUUCUGGAACUUCCAGGUUGUCCAGGAAGAAAUACCCGGCACCAAACGAACUACACCACGCCUCAAACUGGUACAUACAAGAACCCUCAAAGUUGCGGAUGACAUUCUCAGUCUCCGCUUCUCACCUGACGCUCGGUUGCUUGCAGUCGCCCUCUUAGACAACACCGUCAAGGUCUUCUUCACCGACUCUCUAAAGCUCUUCCUCAAUCUUUACGGCCACAAGCUUCCUGUCCUCAAUAUGGACAUUUCCUAUGACAGCAAGCUCAUUGUUACUUGUUCCGCGGACAAGACAGUCCGACUAUGGGGUCUGGACUUUGGUGAUUGCCACAAAGCAUUCCUCGCCCAUGAGGACAGUAUCAUGGCUGUCGCUUUCGUUCCAACCAACAAGGAGGGCAACGGCCACAACUUCUUCAGCGCGAGCAAGGACCGUGUCAUCAAGUACUGGGAUGGUGACAAAUUUGAGCACAUCCAGAAACUCCAAGGCCAUCACGGUGAAAUUUGGGCUCUGACUGUCAGCCAUUCCGGCGAAUUCAUCGUCAGCGCUAGCCAUGACAAGAGCAUUCGUAUUUGGCAACAGACAGAUGAACAGCUCUUCCUGGAAGAAGAGCGCGAGAAAGAGCUCGAAGAGAUGUACGAUAACACUCUGACAGCGUCUCUAGAGCAGGACGAGGAUGCAGACGGCGAGAAGGCCGAGGCAGUCGAUGCUGGGAAGCAGACCACUGAAACGCUCAUGGCCGGUGAAAAGAUCAUGGAAGCUCUAGAUUUGGGCAUGGCAGACCUCGAGGUGAUGCGGCAAUGGCGCGCCGUCAAAGCCAGCCAGCCAAACGCGGCGCCACCGGCUCGCAACCCUCUCUACAUGGCACUGGGUAACAUCUCAGCCGAGCAACAUGUGCUUAGUGUGGUCCAGAAGGUCCCUGCUGCUGCAUUGCAGGAUGCUUUGCUCGUUCUGCCGUUCUCCAAAGUCCCUGCGCUUUUCACUUUCCUCAAUAUAUGGGCCAACCGGGCCUGGAAUAUCCCUCUCACGUGCCGUGUUCUGUUCUUCAUGCUGAAGACGCACCAUCGUCAGAUUAUUGCCAGUAAGAUGAUGCGACCUAUGCUGGAUAGUAUCCGGUCAACUCUGCGUCGAGUCCUUACCCGUCAAAAGGACGAGAUGGGGUUCAACCUUUCUGCCUUGCAGAUCAUAGGCCAGCAAGUGCGGGAAGCAAGCACCAAGGACUACGUCGAUGAGGAAACGUGGGAGCAGGAGCACCCACAGGUGGCGGGUACAGGCAAGAAGCGGGCAUUUGUCCAAAUUGCUUCUUAG